UGAAUAGGGCUUGCGACUUCAUCUGCUCUUCAAAAUCAAUCGUAGGUAGCGUGGUCGCACACAAUGGAUGGCACGAAGUCACACUGAUCAUAACCAACACUUUCCAUCGCCUUUCCUUCAGAAAAGUUAACUUAUGUAAGGAAUUUUACUACUGCGCGCAACCAGAAACUGCUGUGCGCGUCUCCGUUUACAGCCUGGCUGGAAGAUAGAAACCUCAACUACGUGGAAAAGCUGAAGUUGGCGAAGUUGACGCUGGUUUCAACCUUUCUGUGCAUAGGCAUUCGCUCGGUGGAAAUCGCUGUAAACAAGCCAACAAGAGGUGGAUAUUACUUUGGAUAUAUUUCUAACUGACAGACGCCAUGCCUCAGACGACACCGUACGCCGGGAAGUUCAGCCCCAACCCCUACACCACCACCAGUGGCAGCCCCCACCCUUACAGCAACUCCAGUGGCAGCCCCCACCCUUACAGCAGCAGCAGCAACAGCAGUGGCAGCCCCCACCCCCACCACUACACCCCUGGCCCGGUGGAGACCGUCUACGGGGGCCUCUGUUACCACGACAACAGCCUGGUGUCCGGCUCGCUGGAGGCUCUCAUCCAACACCUCGUGCCCACCGUGGACUACUUUCCAGACAGGUCGUACAUCUUCACCUUCCUGCUGAGCUCGCGGCUCUUCCUGCAUCCCUAUGAGCUCAUGUCCAGAGUCUGCUACAUGUGCCUGGAGCAGCACCGCACCAUGGACCCUCAGAUCGACCGGAGGAGGAUUCGGGAGAUCGCCCCCAAGAUCGUGCAGCUCCUGACAGAGUGGACGGAGACGUUCCCCUACGACUUCCGUGACGAGCGGAUGAUGCGAAGCAUCAAGGACCUGACGCACCGCCUGGCCCUCGGCGAUGAGCUGUCGCGGCGUGCGAUGCAGCGGGUGACUCAGCGACUGCUGCGUAAGCUGACCACGCUGGGCCAGUACGAGGAGUCCCUGGUCGCCGCGGGCAACGCGCCCGUGGAGAAGCUGACGGCCCAGAAGGCCAAGCAGCAGGCGGCGCGCCGGGAGGACGUAAUGAGCAUGUGCAGCGACCCCUUCGUCCUCGCCCAGCAGCUCACACACAUCGAGAUGGAGAGACUGAGUUACAUCGGCCCUGAAGAAUUUGUGUACGCGUUCGCGCUGAAGGGUCCACAAGACAACCGAAAGUUGUUCUUCAACAAACGGCGAGCAAGUAACCUGGAGGCGUACGUUGAUUGGUUCAACAGACUCAGCUACCUUGUAGCCACGGAAAUAUGCACCCCGGUGAAGAAGAAGCAGCGAGCGCGGAUCCUGGAGUUCUUCAUCGAUGUGGCUCGAGAGUGUUUCAACAUCGGCAACUUCAACUCGCUCAUGGCCAUUAUCACUGGGAUGAACAUGAGCCCGGUCUCUCGGCUAAAGAAGACUUGGAGCAAAGUUGACACGGCCAAGUUCGACAUUCUGGAGCAUCAGAUGGACCCCACGAGUAACUUCUACAACUACCGCACAGCGCUCAGGGGCGCCACCCAGAGGUGCCUGACUGCACAGACCAGCAGAGAGAAGAUUGUCAUUCCCUUCUUCAGCCUGUUCAUCAAGGAUAUCUACUUCCUGAAUGAGGGCUGUGUCAGCAGGCUACCCAAUGGACAAGUCAAUUUCGAGAAAUUCUGGGAGCUGGCGAAGCAGGUCAGUGAGUUCCUGUCGUGGCGGCUGUCUGCAUGCCCCUUCGAACGGGAGCGGAAAACCCUGCAGUACCUCCUCAGCACCCCAGUCUUCAGCGACGAUGAGCUUCAGCUGGCGUCUUAUGAGAGCGAGGGACCCGAGAACAACAUUGAGAGAGAUACACGCAGGUCCCUGAGGUCGUCGCUAUACCGGGCCUAAAGAGUGACUGGAAAGAUGACUGACAGCUAUCAAUCAAACUGGAGACAACAUCAGCUAGCAUCCGCUUAGCCCCAUGUGACCUACAAGCAAACAUCUUCUAGUGGAAUAAGAUAAAUCAAACCCCGCCUUCCCGAUGCAAAAGGAGUGUGCUCAAAUUAGGUCUCCUAAGUGGGCGUUUCCCCCUCCUUCUUUUCUUUCUGUGGCAUGUGUUGACGGCUUGCAUAAGAUGUGCACUAUCGCCACCUACAGUGCUGAGGGAACUCAAUUUCUUCUCAACCUAAAGUCUCCUGAAGGUCUCCUAACCUAAGGUCUCCUAACGGCGUGUUAACCUGACGUCACAUGGAUCCUGGAGAAGUACGGGCUUGAUUUAUCUUACUUAACUGGAAGAUGUGUGUUACGAGCACUCCUGAAGACUGAAGAAGACACACGCCUUUUCCUACUAAACAAUGAAGACUCUGAGGCUGGUUUCUCAUCAUUGCAGUGGAAAGCCCCCAUUUAAAGAAUGUAUUCAUCCCCAUUAAGCUAACUCUGAAUGAAGUGACUUUGGUUUCGUUGGUGUCGUUGUUGUACAAAAAAUAUUACUUGUUCUUUCCUGAUGUUGAAGCAUGUCGCUGGUAGGCAUGCCGUGUUUGUACAGUGAUGAAAGUUUAAUAUGCUUAAUUUUUGUGUUUUUGUAUGUUUCAGUAUGUUACUAUGUGAUGAUCUUUGUGAAUCACAGUUGUUUGUAAUGUGUUAAGUAUUUCUUAACAGUGCCAAUUAUUGAAUGUUUAAUACCUGAGUAUUUUACAGUUCCUUUACAACUAUAACAACACUAUCUUGUAAAAGAUGUAGUCAUUUUAACAUGUGAGUACUGAGGGAAACAUUUGGUCAAACUUGAUUUUUAGAGUUUCACGGUGAAUCAAUUCGUUUCCUCUUUCAGUUGGGUCUACUUUCUAUGUUACUUACACUUAAAUAAGCUUUUAGUUUUUUUGUUUUUGUUUAGCUUUUGUCAUCAUGUCUGCACUGAUGUUUUCGGAUCCCUUUUUCACCUUAACGCUUGUUAUUACGCUUGUUUGACAUUAUUUUAGAUGCUAAAAGAGGCUUUAUGUUAGGGUACUCACAGAAGUUGCUUUAUGAAUUGUCUCAUGAGUAAAUAUUUUUGUAAUAAACUCAGAAGAAACUAAAUGACAAAAAUCAUUUGUGUUUCAUGUGCGUGAAAAAAACACCCACUCCAUUUUAUUACGUGACGGCAUAAAAGCAAUGAGGACAACAAAACAUUGACAAGUGCUUAAAUGUCUGUUGCAAAAUGACAUUUGACAAUAUAUCCAAAAAUAUCAACAUACAUAAUAUGGUAUUAUUUUCCCCUUUGUUUCCAUUGCAAUGGUUCAGCAGUAGGAUCGAAGGCCCAAAAGUGUCCGCUCAUCAUUAUGCAUUCAUCAUACAGUACACGUGAUUAAGUCUUUUUUUAACUUGAAGACACAUGUACUCUAAAGUACACCACUA